AUGGACCCGCGGGCGCAGCAGGUCCUCUUCCAGCAGCGGCAGCUCAACCGGCAGGCCGAGGCCAACGUAUGGGGUGAUGGAGAUGAGUACGUGGACGAGAUGGACAUGCUCCAGAGCCAAGCGAUCCGAGACACGGUCACGGACCUCGACGACGCCACGAUCUCGGGGACCGUGAUGGAGCUCUACCGGGACAUGGAGUUCCUCGACCUCCUCGACUUCGUUAAGGGCCUCUUCCGCGGGUCGACCAAGGGCGAGCUCGGGUCACGUCCGCGCAAGUUCGAGGUCCGCCGACGCACGCUCUUUCUCGAGCUCCUCGAGCUGCUCAUGCAGAGCCACUUGGCGCAGACGAAGAAGCACCUCGUGUUCUGCACGCAGCUCGUGGACCUCCUCCAGCGCGAGAUCGACACAUUGGACAUGACGAGCGUCCCGAGCCUCAUUGAGCAUGUUCUCCUCGGCAUUGAAAAGGCGUACCGGGACCAAGAAGAGUCGGCGAGCGUCAUCCCGAUGCCACUGCCCUCGGCCGACCUCCUACCGCAUCUCUAUGGGCGCAUGCUCUGCUUCUCGCACGUGGCUUUGCCAUCGCACGCGCCGUCGAUCUGGGACUUCUCCGACGAGGCCGAGUGGACCGGCGCGGUCUACGUCGAAAAGUCCCUCGACCGGCUCCUCCAAGCGCGCUGGCCAUUACGCCUCCUCGCCCAGAUGGUCAAUGUGCUGCGGGAAGUAGCGUGGUCGGCCGACCAGCAUGCAGCGAUCUGCACCAAAUUUCUUGCGCAGCUGUCGAUUGAAAUGACACCGAUCGAGGACGGUAUGCAGCCUGAUUAUGCGCUCUUACCGGGCUUGUACUACCAUUUGCUUUUGUUUGUGCGGGACCACCCGCGCAACUUGAAGGCGAUGGUGCUACAGAGCCUCGUCGCGCACCUCGACCAGCUUUCAAUCGACGCCACCAAGCCCAAGCACCACCGCGCACCGACAGCUGGCCACGUUGUCUUUGGCCCGCGCGAGCUUCGCGCGUUCCAAGCGACCAUCUUGUACCAGCUUGAGAAGCUCCUUGCGCAAGAUACAAUGCUUGGCGCGGUCCUCCUCGAGAUGCUCAUGCCGUACCGCCUCACCCAGUCGUGGACCUCGACGCACUUUGCGCUUCUGCUCUUGCUGCGCAGCCACAACAAGUUUACGGCGACGAUCGACAAGAAUUGCCUCGAGUACUUUCACACGCUCGCGACCACUUCCUCGGACGGCGUGACCUUGCUCCUCGAUGUCCUCGAGGCCUUUGAACGCGGUCAAAUGGAAGUUUUGCUCUCGAGCGCGGUCGCCCUCGGCUUCUCGCUCUUCGAGUCGAAGGACCAAAAGGUGCUCGACGUCGGCGUCCAAGUCAUCUUGUACACGUUUCGACACCACGAGUGCGUCCGCGCGAGCGUCCUCGAGGCCAUUGUGCAUUGGUGCUUGUCGACAACGUCCAUGACGUCGCUGCCGCCGAAGCUGCCGCACAUCAAGCUCCUCGGCGCGCUCUUGCAGCACUGUGUCAUGGACCUCGACGCGGCCUUUCUCGACCGCGUCCGCGACCUCCUCGAGUACCUUCCUGGCUUUAGCUUGGAAGUCGCGCGCUCGGUGCUUCGCACGUUGCCGCCAUUGCUCAAGCACAAGGUCCAUUUGCGCAACGCGCUUGUGCUCACGCUGCGAAAAGCCAUGUUUCGGCGCGAAGAGUCGUCGCGCGCGAUUGCCAUCCACGGGUUUUGCACGAUCCUCGACUGCGUCCUGUCGCUCUCGGGCAGUGCGGGUGGGAAGCCCAAGUACCUCACGCAAAUGGUACUUGCCCACAACGCGUCCUCAUCACGUCCGCUCUCGUCGCAGUCGCUCACGCAGCGGGCGUUCGUGUCCCAGUCGCAGUCCAUUUUGGACAUGGACGCCAUGGAGUUUGAUGCUGGACACCUCCCGAGCGUCUUUCGUCAGUUUGCUGGCAUGUUUCGCCGGGCGAUGGCGUGUCAAAAGAGCGUGCGCGCAACGCUGUACCGCGAGCUCAAGACCCUCGUCAAGCUGAGCCCCGACUUGGCGUCCAGCGUCGAAGACCUCGUGUGGCCAACGCUCUCGGCCUUGAUUGAGACGAACGCGGCGCUGACGCCGGCGCUGCAGCUCAAGCCCGACGAAGCGACACCGCUUUUGCUUGACCUCGUCUUGACGUGCAGCCCCGAGAAAGUCCACUCGGUCCUCGAACGCCUCUUGCACAUGGAACUGCAAGACUAUGAGCUCGAUGCGUCACCGAUGGACCCGAGCGUGCGCGUCACGGCCGCGGGCAAAGCCACGAUCGAUCGCGCGUCCGACUUGCUGAAGCUUUGCGACGUGGUGCUCAACUAUGUCUGGGGAAAAGACGAUGGCAUGCGGUCGUCCCGCCUCCGGCCCGACCAGCUCGAGCACACGCUCAAGCUCGUGCAGCUCCGAGAGAGCGUUCAAGAGAUUGUCGUCUGGCGGAAAAAAGAGCGCGGCCCCAAGGCCAAAGCCGACAAGGACGACAAUGCAAUCAAAGCCAAGACCAAGACGGUCCAGCCGUCCGCGACCGGCUCGACUGCCAGCCCGGUCAUGACACCGCACUGUUUGGUGCACCCGCGCAACCUCCUCAUGGCGCUGCAGUCGAUCUUUGGGCAUGGCGACGUGACGCACCACUACAACGUCCAGCAGUGCGUUUUGCAGUACAGUCACGACCUUUUGCUGGAGUGGAGUCUUCUCUCGAGCCGAAGCUGGCUCGAGGUUAAGCCGCUCCUCAUCUUUCGCAUGUCGGUGCGUACGCAAAAGGAUUUCCUCGCGCAGCUGGCGCGUCUCUUGUGGUCCGCGGCGGACGGCGGCCUCUCGGCGACGGGAAAGCAGUCGCUGGCCGCCAUGGCAUACGAGACGCUCGUCGUACUGCUGAGCAUCGCGCCGGACCUAGCCGAGUCGACGCUCGGGACUGUCGAGCACAUCCAGAAGAAGAUCUUUGCUCUUUUGCGGCAGUCGCACGAAGCCGAGGCCGACCUCGUGCUGCAACUGCUCAUUACGCACUGGUACCCACGCCUACCGACGCGCUUGAACGCAUGGAAGUGGAUGGAAGCCAUUUGCAUUGGCCAAGCGCUCACGUCGCUACCGCUGGUGACGCGUCUCUUCACAACGCUCUUGCUCGAGCCCUCGUACCGCGUGCGUAUUUCCACGGCGAUGCUCGCGUACCUCGAGGGCGGUGACGCCGCCGGCAACGACGACGAGGACGACGACCGCGUCACGUAUGCGUGCUUGAACGCAAAGACGAUUGUGCUCGUGGCCGGCGUUUUCCUCGAUGCGUUCGACAAGUCGUGCGGUGCCACCGAGCAUACGCUCAAGACGGUCAAAGCCAUGUCCGAGGUGCAACUGGACGCUGUCUUGGACCAGCUCACAGAGCUCAGUCGUGUGAUUGCGCCGCUCAUUACUGUCUCAUUUCCGCACGGCCCGACGACUCUGCGGCUCUUCCGCAUGCUGCUUCGCCUCUUCAAGCUCCACGCGCUCGCGAUCCAGGCCAAGAUCAAGAGCAAGGUCUCGCAGGUCUCGCCACCGCUCAAGACGUUUCUGGACGCCACGAGCCGCGAGCUUGCGCCCCUGGUCCUCAACUUUGUCGCGUGCCACCACGAAGAGAACAAGCGCAAGGCGGUUGCCAACCCCAAGAAGAAGAUGCCGGCACAGGAAGCCAAGCUCAUUCCAGACGUCAUUUAUCAAGUCGAACAGUAUGACGUCGGCAUCAUCAAGCUCUCCAAGCGCUGCAAGACUACCAACUUUAAGCGCUGGUGCAUUCGCCGCCAAGCGCGUGAUUUUCGUUUCAACCAAGACAAGGUUCAAGUCAUCAUUGGGGCCAACGACAACGACGAGGCCGAUGCGGACGACGACGAGGACGAGGACGGUGGUGUCGCGGCGCCGCCCGAAGAAAGCGAGGACGAACAGGCACCGGACGAGGACGAGGAGGACGACGACUGUCCGGCCACAGCUCGCCACGACCAAGAGGACGACGACGAUGACGACGAUGACGACGCGCAGUUGCAGUCCCGCCACAUCAAGCGCCGACGUCUCAUGCGCGAUUAACCUAUUCUUUUGUUCGCGCACAUUGGAGCUGAC